AUGCGCAGCAUCAUCUCCACGCUGCUGUUCACCCCAGCAGCAUUGGCUGUUUCUGGAAAUACAGAGACAGCUCGGCUACGAAGCUCACGAUACGACUACAUAGUGGUUGGAGGUGGCACAUCCGGUCUUGUAGUUGCUAAUCGUCUUUCUGAAGACUACAACGUGUCAGUCGCAGUCAUCGAGGCUGGUGGCGUUGAGCUAUACGACACCAACAUAACUGAUACGUCAAAGUACGGAAAUGCUUUCGGUACCGCUGUGGACUGGCAGUAUGAGAGCGUCCCACAAAGCUACGCUGGCAGAGCAGCUCAAGUUCUCCGAGCAGGCAAGGCUCUCGGAGGAACUAGCAACAUCAAUGGUAUGACAUACUUGCGAGCAGAGGCUGUACAAAUCGAUGCUUGGGAAGAGAUCGGAAACCCAGGCUGGAGCUGGGAGAAGUUACUGCCUUACUACAAGAAGAGCGAGUACAUCCAGCAGCCUACCAAAUCUCAGCUUGCCCGCGGUGCAUCGCUUGAUAUCGAAGUCCAUGGUUCGGCUGGUCCAUUGGCUGUUGGCUGGACGGGAGACAUGAUGGGGGAGGAAGUCAUAUCGUCUAUCAACGACACCUUUGCGGCGUUGAACCUUCCCUUCAACAAGGAACCAAACGCAGGUUCUAUGCGCGGACUGACAGUGUUCCCAAAAACCAUCGAGCAAGUGGAUAACGUCAGAGAAGACGCCGGCCGCGCGUACUACUGGCCAGUUGCGAACCGUCCGAAUCUUCACCUCUACCUCGAAGCCUUCGCGGAGAGAAUAAUCUGGCAUCCCGAAAUGGGGCUUCGCGACCGCAACCGAACAGCAAGUGGAGUUGUCUUUGUAGACCGCAAUGGCUCACAGAGGACACUUCUUGCGAAUCGUGAGGUCAUACUUUCAGCCGGCAGUCUGAGAUCGCCUCUUCUUCUUGAGCAGUCUGGAAUCGGCAAUCCAUCCAUACUCCAAAAGCAUGACAUUGAUGUCGUUGUCGACCUGCCUUUCGUUGGAGAAAACAUGCAAGAUCAGACCACGACGGACAUGUUCUACACCAGCAACAACAGCACAAAUUUCACAGGCCUCGCAGGCUACGCUGCCUACUUUAAUGCAGACGACGUGUUCGGCAAUGAUACCUCCACUCUCAACACGACCAUCUUGAACUCCAUCAGCCACUACGCCGCCGUCACCGCCAACGCAAGCGGCACCCUCGACCGCUCCGUCACCGAACGACUCUUCCGCUUGCAGCACGACCUUAUCUUCAAGCACAAGAUUCCCAUAUCGGAGAUCAUCAUCUCGCCCGCAGCGACAGGACCCAUCACAAUUGAGUACUGGGGCCUGCUCCCCUUCUCGCGCGGCAGUAUCCAUAUCAAUUCUUCCAAUGCUUCAGCUCCUGCGACUAUCGACCCUAGAUACUUCAUGCUGAACUAUGACAUACACCAGCAGAUUGCGACUGCAAAGAUGGCGCGCAGAUUCGCCAACACUGUCCCCUUCUCUGCGGCACUGGAAAGCGAGACAACACCGGGGCUGAACGCCGUGCCCGCGGAUGCGUCGGAUGGCGAGUGGGAGGCCUGGUUGAAAGCGACGUAUCGAUCCAACUUCCACUACAUCGCCACGGCGGCCAUGAUGCCGCGCGAGCUGGGCGGCGUGGUCGACUCGAACCUCAUAGUGUAUGGCACCAGUAACAUCCGCGUUGUUGAUGCAUCGGUAGUACCAUUUCAGGUCUGUGGGCACUUAACGUCAACUCUGUAUGCGAUUGCGGAGAAGGCGGCGGAUAUGAUCAAGGCGCGGUAUACGUAG